AUGAUGGCGAUUGAUGAAUCAACACAAGAAAUCUUCAAUAGAUGUUUACGUUUGAAAACGCGUGAUUAUCGAAAUCAUGUCAAAGCCAGUAUUAUUGAUGUCGAGCAAUUGAUAACGACAUUAGAGACAAGGAAAACUGUUGUCUACCAUUCAUUAGAAUCAUUAGUUGACAUCAUUCAAAUAAUCAUCGCAUCGAUUGAUCAAACAACAUUGUGGAAAUGCAAAGGCAAAGCUCACGAAAAUCACCAACAACAAUUGGCGCAACUCAGCUGUCGAUUAUUUAAAUGCUUGUGCCAAUUAGAUGCGGAAUUGGCUGGCAGUGAUCAAGGCACUGCAAUCAUGCAUUCAAUUCUUCAAUGGCUUAAAGAUGAUACUGAUUUCUGUCUAACGAAAUCCGUUAGUCAAGAUCUUCAUUUAGCAAUCUACUCGUCUAUUGAACAAUAUUGUCUUAUUUGUAAGAAACCCAAAGAAUUUGUAAAUGAAUUAUUUUUGACGUCACCAAUACAUCGAACACAUUCGUCAUCACUUGUAUCUUGUUUCAUGUUUAAUCACCGUCGAAAAUCAUCCAUGCAUGAAUCGUUGUCAAUCGUUGAUUAUAGUACUCGACUUGUUAUCUACCUUCUUGAAUCUUCCUUAGUUACUUCAUCUGCGUUAAUCAAUCAAAUUUUAACCGUUUUUCUCUUUUGCGCACCAACGCCACGCUUUUCAAUUUAUAUUUGUAAUCAUACUGAUUUUUAUCAGUCAAUUAUCGUACCAUUGCUAUCGAAAUCAAAUACGGAUUAUUUCGUACAGUGCGUUCUCGAUGAAACGGCUCGCUCACAAACAGAUUCAAAUGAUCGUGUUUUUAUAUUCACACAUAUGCUUAAUUUGUUGGGCGAAUUCGUUUUACACCCAGGAAUCGAAAUUCAUAGUUGUGCAUUUGUAUCCACUUUUAAACACUUAUUCGAUGCAUUGAUCGAAUGCGGCACAACAGUUCCAUUGUGGCAUCUUGUUCGUUGUCUAAGCAAUCUGUUAACAGGUGCUGAUGUGGAAACGAAUCUUUUCGCACAAGAGAUUCAUCGCGUUGGCCUAAUUCAAUCUAUUGUCAAUUACGUAUCUAGCUUAACUCGAAAAUCUAGCCUAGGUGAAGGUGAAAUGAUUUUCAAACAAUUGCAUCAUCACGUCCUCACAUCAUGCUUAUCAAUUCUUUACAAUAUCUCGAUGUUAGAUCAGUAUGUAUUUGAUUUAGAUAUAAUAAUAAAUCAAAUAUGUCGACCACUUUUCAAAGCCGAUGCGCAACAAGUACGUCUUAUCUCGUGUUUACUUUAUUCGAAUUUACUCACAGAGAAAGAACUCGAAUCUGAUAAUGCAUGUCAUCAUCUCUGUGAACAGUUAUUCUCGGCGAUCCGUCAAGCAUUUCUCAGCGAAAAUUUUCAUCUAUCGAAUCAAAUAUCUCUGUAUAGUUUAGUGAAUUGUUUGAAGAAAUUAUGUACGCAUCGAAACUUUCAAAUGCGCAUUGGACAAGUCGAUGAACACAUUGAAUCACUAUUUGAAAUUCUACGUCGAUUUCAUGCGAAAAUUGAUCAGCAAGAAGAAGUGCAGCUGAUUCUUGAAUCAGUCUGGUUUCUGUCAUUCGAUUUAUCAUGUGCAACGAAAAUUCAUAGUCACGAUAAAUAUUUCGCUCUCUUAGUUCAACUUGCUGAAACCAAUCCUAAUGAAACGAUACAACAAGCCGCAAAAGGUAUUCUUUGGCAAUUAAAGCAAACCAUGUCAACAAAUUCUAAUCAACCGAUUGUUUCCAAAUCAUCUCAGCACGUUAUGUUAAGUUACAAUCACGAGUGCAAAGAAUUGGUGCAACGAAUUUGUCAGUCUCUUCGUAAUUCAGGUUAUCGUACGUGGAUAGACGUCGAUGAUAUGCACGGAAGUACUCUAGAAUGCAUGGCACAUGCAGUUGAGCAAUCCUCUGUGAUGAUAAUAUGUAUGACAGAAAAGUAUAAACAAUCACCGAAUUGUCAGAGUGAAGCUGAAUAUGCUCAUCGGUUGAAAAAGCCGUUUGUGCCGAUUUUAUUACAAGCGAAAUAUAAACCAAAUGGAUGGUUAGGGAUGCUGCUCGGAACAAGAUUAUAUGUAGAUUUUACGAAAAGUGACUUCGAUUCGAAUUAUCAGAAACUAGUCAAAGAAAUCGAAGCCACACGAAAAUAG